CUCUAACUAGUAACCAACGGGCAUUUAUUUAUCUUUUGCAUGUAAAAUUAGCUUCUAUUAUACAGCACCAGUCCUACAGAUUGACACCUUACUCUCUUCUACCAGCAUAUUAUAUAGGAUACGACCCCAAGAGCACAUUCACAUAAUGUUGGCUUCUCGUCUCUACCGCAAUAUACUCUUUGGAAGGACUUUGCCACUUCUCCUGCCCUAUGCAAGAAGAAAGACAGUCCUUCAAAAGCACCUGCUCCUACAGCUAGCGGAACCCCCGAGGAUCCCAUGGAACUCUCCGAAUUGCAUGAUGGUAUAGCAACUGCGCUAUCCCGACUUAAAGAUGAAUUAGCGCAGCUGCGAAUGGGUGGACUAUCCAACACACAAACAAUUGAAAGCUUGCGGGUGCAGCUAGGCAAAGAGUCCAAAGAAAUCCUGAAGUUAGGGGAUUUGGCGCAAGUCAUCCCGAAGGGUAAAAGGAUGUUAACCAUUCUAGCAGGUGAAGAAGAUCACAUCAAACCCAUCACAUCAGCAAUACUUUCCUCCGAUAUGUCUCUUACACCCCAGCAAGAUCCCCACAAUCCCCUGCAGCUGAACAUUACCAUUCCGCCUCCGACAAAAGAGUCCAGAGACAGAAUCACACAGAGCGCAAAGGUGGCCAUGGAAAAAGCUGUCAACGCGAUUCGCGACUCGAGAUCGCUCGUACACAAGCGUCUUCAAGACAUGCAGAAGAAGAAGAUCGCCAGGCCGGAUGAUGUUCGAAAAGCUCGUGAUCAAAUGGACAAAGUUACAGAGAAGGGUCAAAAAGAAGCCAAGGCUCUGUUCGAGACGUCGAAGAACGCCCUGCAAAGUGCUUGACCAUGCAAGGCUUCUUAGAAGCGUCCCACCUGGUUUGGGUGAUGCCUGUUCGUUUCCUGGCCAGACUCAAAUCCGUCAAGCAGCUCAUUGAAAUUACGGGGUUUUCGGGCUGGAAUACCAUGUAUAUUAAAGCUGGGCCGCAAAAAUAUUA